AUUUUGCAAGCAUUUGGCUUCAGGCUGAAGGGGUGCUAGUUGCCAGAGCACCACCCGAACCCUCGGCCGUUCGAAAAGGCCAUGAUUCGAUUCAGUGAUGUCGUCUGUGGUGGGGAGAAAGGUCAAUUCCGUGCCAAUUCCGAGAGCGUUGGCUGGCAAGGGGCUUCCGGAGCCACGAAGGUGCAACCUGCCGCCCACAUUCGACGGGCCGAGUGGUUCGAGGGCAGCCUCCGACUCCUUUGUGAAGACAAUGGGGCAACGGAGGUGCUCGCCCUUGAAGGUUUCAGAGAUGCGGACUUUGACCCACUCUGGAAGUAUUUGGAGCAGACCUGUGGCGUUUACCUCAAGAAGCACAAGCCAAAAGCUGCUUUAGAAGAGGCGGACUUUGACUCUGCGAUGCAAGGCAUCGAAGAUGCUGCAGACCGAGUGGAUGAAACCGUAUCUGGUUCCGUCCAGAAAAAGGCGAAAGAAGCCGACCUAAUGAAGAAAGUCGAAUGUGUUCGUGAUGGUCUAGAUCAAGCAGUGAGUGGGGACAAGCAAGCCUUAAGCCGGGUUUUCGCAGCAGGGGGCUGUGAACGCAUUGGCCGAUUGCGGCUUGUAGUGGACACAGUUCAGCUUGAGGUUUACCACACAGACCCUCGCUGGCAGCAUUUGCUGAGCAAGUGUGCUACAAUUGAGGCAGUCUUGAAGGAGCUCGGCACCUUCCGUCAAUGGAAGCCCGCGGAGGGUCACUCCGAGAGUUUGCUUCGACGUGCCAUGGUCAGGGAGCUACGACACCGUCAGGGUGAAGAUGAUGAAGUUCCGCCGGUGGCGGAAACGAUUCCUUCCAGUGGCCACGCCGACCGUGGCUAUGUUGCAGAGGCGCGUGUUGACGUGCCACUUCCGAGUCCCGUGCCCAUGCCCGCAGCCGAAGAACCACUCCCUGAAGGUGAGGUGGAGCGGGUGGACUCGGAGGAAGAUGUGGCAAAUGUCUUCCAUGAAGAGGCUGAGCCAAAGCAAGUUCCAUUCAAAGAUGAAGAGGUCAGCGACCCCAACAGUGUUCGCGCUGAUGCUUUAGAUCAGAGUGGAGGGAGACCCUUGAGGUACACCCAUCCCAAUAGUAUUUUGGAGGGCUGGGUAUGGAAGAGAAGCCGCAUUUUGAAGCGUUGGCGACGGAGAUGGGUGGUGCUGUGCCCUGGAGAGCUUAUGUCCUUCAAGAAUCGUGGCCUUCGAGAGCCUACAGAGGUUGUACCUGCUGGGACAGUCUUGCGGGUCUACAGUGCCGAUGGUGAGGUGCAGCAAGCGCGAUGCUUCUGUGUGGUUGUGCGAGAAAGGAACUACUACAUGGUAUGUGAUGAUGAAAGCCAAAAGAGGGCUUGGAUACAGGAGAUUGAGAAGACACUGUACAAAAGGUAGCUUCAGCAACUCAGUCUCACCCAACAUGAUCCAAUGGAGGCUUUUGGGCUUGCCAACGCUCUGAAAAUGUAGAUCAUCCCCAAGAGACAGUGGAUGGACACCUGCCU